AUGACCAUGAUGCAGCAGCAGCACACUUCGUGGCCGCUACUUACGGAAGACGUGCUAGCCAUCAUCAUCUCCAUGGUGCCACGAGGCACGCUCCUGAAUUUUCGCUUGGUCAACCGAUCUCUUGGUGCUCUGGCCACCGAACGCGCCUUUCGGCAUGUACGCCUUUUUGCCCAGGAGGAGGGCACUCGCUUCGUUGACAUUGCACGGUCCGAGGCGCUCCGCUCGUGCGUCCGCGAGAUAACCUGUGACACCACCCUUAGCAAGGACGAUUUUAGCUAUCAUGCUAAUGACGAUUUUACUUUCCCUUGGAGAUUCAUGGCGGCCCUUCCAUUCGUGCGUUAUUUCAAGAGGCUGGAAAUCCUGAACUUAAACUUCAAUGAGUACUGUGGGCCGGAGGACAACGAUGAAGACCUGCUUGAUGGCAUGGCUAUUGAAGAGUCGCCUGAUAUCCGGUUCCGUAUUCUAGACACCAUCUUCCACUGCCUCGAGGGUACAUGGUCUGCCGAGAAUCAGCGUGAGGUGGAUGAAGGGCUUGAUCUUAGUGACGAUCGCGAUAUUCUGGACAUCGAAGAUGACCCUGAAGUAGCAUUCUACAAGGACGACUAUCAGGGCUUCGCGGCUCCUAUUCAUGACCCACCUUCGUCGGUUUGUUUGACAAUCUGCAACUUAGGAGACUUCGACGACCCGCGCCUUACCCAAUCGGACACGUUUCGCCGGGUUAUAGCUUCUCAGAUAUCUGAACUAAAAAUUCUGUUCACGGUCCAAACCAAUAACGCCUCGCCGGAGAGCACGAUAUAUCGGCCAGAGAAGUAUAAUCUCAUGAAGAAUCUGCCCCACAAUUGGCUGAUGCCAUCGCUUGCCAUGAACUUGACAGUUCUUUCUUUAUACUGCCGUGACUAUUGGGGCUGGAUUCCCAGGAUGGACUUCCGUUGCGUCAAUCCGGGCUCGGGUCCGGGCUCGGGCUUCCCGAAUCUCAGGAUCCUGGCUCUAGGGAACUAUAUCUUCACCCACGAGUGGCAGGUCGACUGGAUCGCUUCCUUAGGGCUCCAAAAUGGACGGUGCGGGCUUGAAGAGCUUUAUCUAGAUGAUUCUCCCAUCCUAUACAAGGCUCGAAUGGUCCAACCCAUGAACUCCGGGGAGUCGGAAGUGACUAACGUCAUUACUGGAGAGGUUAUUGCCAUCACAGAUGAUCUGUACCCGCUCCCAGAAGUCGUUAUGGGAGGGACGUAUAACCCGGAUAUCAUUUAUUUCCCUCUUCGAUGGGACUAUGUACUUGGUCGCUGGAGAGACUCAAUGAAGGGUCUUCGAGUCUUUCGAAUGGGUCACGGUGCCUGGUGGGAGCACUAUGGGUUCGAUCGUGCCAUUGAGUCUGAUGAAUGGAUUCAGUCGAGCGACAGACGUGAUUUCAUUUCAUAUGAUUGCGCAGCUUUCCGAUGGUAUGAUUGCCCAGUUGUUGAUGAAGAAAGCGAUGAAUACUUUGAAGUAUAUUGA